CAAAGAUCCAGUCACACUUCUGGAAUUCCGGAGCGUAAGAUCCAAAAGAUACACAGAUCCAGUGUAAUCUUCCGCGGCGAAGAGCUCGGCCAAGAACAUCACGUCACUUUUUCAGUUAGUUGUUGCCAGUCUAAUUUCCUUUCACUUGGAUCUUUGACCCACUUUUAUUGCUGCAAACAGAGCUAGUUGGUUAUUAUUGUUCACCAUGAAGGUCCUUGCUCAAGCCACCAAAAUGUAUCUCCGCCAAGCGGCGCCACGCACGGUUGCUCGCUGCAGCUUGUCCACUUUGGCCACUAGUACGACAACAGCAACUUCUCCACUGGCAGCAUCCUGCUCUUGCCCCUGUGGACCCAACUGUCGUUGUGGUCCCACCUGCAGCUGUAGUAGUAGUUUGGGCAAAAAGACAAAUACAAAGAUCACUCGCCGUUCCAUGUCCACCAUGGAUGAUCUCAAGACCGGAACGGAAGCUUACAUGGGAUUGUAUCCGGAAGCGAGUACCGAUGGAGCCUUGCGUUUGGGAAACAUCAUUCCCGAUUUUGCCUGCGAAACAACGCAUGGAUACUGGGAAUCCUUUCAUGAAUGGAAAAAGGGCAAGUGGGCCAUUCUCUUUAGUCAUCCUGCCGAUUUCACGCCGGUUUGUACCACUGAAAUUGGACGUUUGGCCUCAAGUACGAUACUUGGAGUCAUGGAUUGCUUGGUGGCGACACUCUCGGUAGAUCCCGUCAAGAGUCACAACGAUUGGUUACAGGAUGUGGUAGCUCAUUGUGAAAACAAAAUUGAGGUCAAAUUCCCCAUUAUUGGAGAUGCGGAUCGAAAAGUUAGUACUGCUUUUGGAAUGCUCGAUGAGAAAACAUCGGAUGAUCAAGAAUUGCCCUUGACUAUUCGUGCAGUUUUCAUUAUCAAUCCUGAAAACAAGCUCAUGCUGUCGCUCAACUACCCCGCAUGUGUGGGUCGCAACAUGGACGAAAUUGUUCGUUGUGUGGAAGCACUCCAGCUCAGCUAUGAAAAGUCCAUUGCCACUCCGGCCAACUGGCCCAACAACCACGAAGAAAUCUUGAUGCCCGAUGGUAGUCACAGCUCGGAAUACAAGGGAUCCGUCUUUUUGUUGCCCACAGUCUCGGAGGAAGAAGCCAAUGAACGGUAUCCUGGUUUUCACACGUGCGAUGUGCCUUCCAAAAUCCCCUACUUGCGAUUGGUCAAGGCGGAAGACGUUGAGAAAUAAUAAAACAAAUACUACGGUAUGUGUGACGUGAUGAGGAAAAAAAAAGAAGAUCUUUAUUGCACGGAGCAAGUUUUUGAAUUACGUAGGUAGUCAAGAGUUUUGGUAAGCACAAUUUUGAUAGGAAUAACUUACGGUAGGGGUCUUUAGUCCCAGGAAGAGGAAUACCGGUCGAGUAGGACCUAAUUGGCCAACGAGUAC